AUCGCUUUUCCUGCCCUACUCCCGGAACAUUAUUCUUUUCGUAUAUACUUAGUGAAGCCGCCAAAGUGGAGAGUGUCGUUGCAGCGGGGGGUCCUUCUCGUUUCAGCGAGUUCCUGGGGAAAACCCCAGGUUCUGGCGUUCAGAGAUGGCUACCUUCUCGAAGCACUAGACGAGAUGCAAGAUCCCCUCAUGAAAAAGGGCAAAAUGAUUCAAUCUUCAGAAAAGUGAGAGGCAUACUCAAUAAACUGACACCAGAGAAGUUUGACAAACUAUGCCUGGAGCUCCUCAAUGUGGGUGUCGAUUCAAAACUUGUCCUCAAAGGAAUCAUCCUGUUGAUUGUUGACAAAGCCCUUGAAGAGCCCAAGUACAGCCAGUUGUAUGCCCAACUAUGUCUACGCCUGGCAGAGGAUGCACCAAACUUUGAAGACCCAUCAACAGAAAAUCCAGCAACACAAAAGCAGAAUACUACCUUCAGAAGGCUUCUGAUUUCCAAGCUUCAAGAUGAAUUUGAGAACCGCGCCAAGAAUGUUGAACUCUUUGAGAAACAAGAAAGCCCACUCACCACUGAGGAGGAGGAGCAGCGUGCUAUUGCAAAGAUCAAGAUGCUGGGCAACAUCAAAUUCAUUGGGGAACUUGGAAAACUCAACCUCAUCCACGAAUCUAUCCUUCAUAAGUGCAUCAAAACACUGCUGGAUAAAAAGAAGAGAGUCCAACUUAAGGAUAUGGGUGAAGAUCUGGAAUGCCUCUGUCAGAUAAUGAGAACAGUCGGACCUAAGCUGGAUCAUGAAAAGGCUAGGUCUUUGAUGGAUCAGUAUUUUGGCCGCAUGCAAUCCUUAACGACCAACAAGGAGCUGCCAGCUAGGAUUCGUUUCCUGCUGCAGAACACAGUGGAGCUGCGAGCAAACAAAUGGGCACCUCGCAAAGCUCAAGUGGACAACGGACCAAAGACGAUCAAUCAAGUCCGUCAGGAUGCAGUUAAGGAUUUAGGGGUUUUUAUUCCACAACAAACUGAUGGAAUGAGGAAUGAAUUCUUCAUGGAGAACUCCUACCUGCCAACAAGGAUCAAGUUUGACAGAGAAACCCUUGGUGGACUUGCUGAUAUGUUUGGACAGAUGCCUGGAUCUGGCAUAGGUACAGGUCCAGGAGUAAUUCAAGACCACUACUCCCCUACCAUGGGACGUCAUCGCGCAAACCCACACUACAAUGGUCACGUUGCGAACAGUAAUGGUGCACACCAGCCACAGUUUGAAGCCGCCGGCAAGCAGUUCAUCAAACCAAACCAGGGGCAAAAUUCACCAGUUUUCAGCCAUAAACAGAAUCACUCAGUGCAGAUGCAAUCUAAAGAUAUGGCUCCACGCUUCAGCAAAAAAGGGAAAGUCAAUUCCGAUGAGAUCAGUCUGAGACCAGCACAGUCCUUCAUUUUGAGUAAGAAACAAGUGCCAAAGCUACAGCCGCAGAUGACUUUGUUUCCUCCAAGUGCCCAAGGACAGACUCCACAGCUUGGCCUGAAAAUCAACCCUCCUCCUAUUCAGGAAAAACCUGCCAAGUCAAGCAAAAAAGCUCCACCUACAAAGGAAGAGCUUCAAAAGAUGACAGAUACCAUGAUUGCAGAUUACCUGAACAACAAGAACAUUGAAGAGGCAGUCAACGCUGUGAGAGAGAUGAGGGCACCAAAGCACUUCAUAUCUGAGAUGCUGAACAAGAUGGUGGUCUUUUCCCUUGAUCGGUCAGAUGAGGACAAGGAGCUUACGAGCAACCUGAUCCACACACUCAGCACAGACGGUGUUGUCAAUGGUGAAAACCUGAUGCAGGCCUUUUUGAGUGUUCUGGACCUGUGUCCCAAGAUUGAGGAAGAAGUCCCACUGGCCAAGUCCUACCUGGCACAGUUUGCAGCACGAGCGAUCAUUGCAGAGCUGAUCAGCAUUGCCGAUUUGGCCCAUCAUCUGGAGAAUGGCGCACAUUUCCCGCUGUUCUUGCUCUGCCUGCAGCAGAUGGUGAAACUGAAGGACCGCGAUUGGCUGACUGAUCUGUUCCAGCAGAGCAAGGUCAACAUGCAGAAGAUGCUCCCUGAAAUUGACCAGAACAAGGACAGGAUGCUGGAGAUCCUGGAGGACAAAGGGCUCAGCUUCUUGUUCCCACUGAUGAAACUGGAAAAGGAGUUGCUGAAGCAGAUUAAAGUAGAUCCUUCUCCACAGUCCAUUUACAAGUGGAUCAAAGACAACAUCUCACCUAAACUGCACACCGACAAAGGCUUUGUCAACAUACUUGUGACCAGCUUCUUGCAGUACAUCGCUUAUGAGAUCAACCCUGACGAUGACGAAGAGCAGCUUGCAUCACCGAGUAAGGAGCAGCUGGAUGAGGAGAAACAGCUGAUGCUGUCUUUCAAGCCGGUGAUGCAGAAGUUCCUACACGAUCACAUUGACCUGCAAGUCGGCGCGCUGUAUGCCCUGCAGGUCCACUGCAAUGGCAAGGCUUUUCCCAAAGGCAUGUUACUGCGCUAUUUUGUCAACUUAUACGACAUGGAAAUAAUUGAAGAAGAAGCCUUCCUUUCAUGGAAAGAAGAUGUCACCCAAGAGUAUCCAGGGAAGGGAAAAGCAUUAUUUCAGGUGAACCAAUGGCUGACCUGGCUGGAGACGGCAGAAGAGGAGGAGUCAGAUGGCGAAGAUUACUGAGGAACAGGCCUAAGCCAUGUGAUAUCAGGAUGCAAUGAUUUAUUUUUUACUCUGUAAUUUUCUUUGUCUCCUUUUGCUCUCCCCAGUCCUUGAAAGAAAAUUCCCUUGUUGUUUAUAACAAAUUGAAACCACUGUUACAAUUGAUUCCACUCUGAACAGUUUAGCCAGCAUCACCAUCCUAUCGUAUUAAUGCUUUACUUUCUAAUUUUCAUAUAUGAUUCUCUAAAACUGGUGUUUUAUUCAUUUCGAUCAUCUUGGGUUAUGUUUUCUUUAACAGUAGGCAGUAUGGUGCAGGAACCUGUACCAGCACCUAAACCAUCGUGUCACCUUUUACAUCUGGUAGGAGUCACAAAGUGCUGCCAUUAACUGAAACUGUUUACAAAAGAGAAGAAAAAAAAAAACACACAUUGCAAAGAGCCUUGUCUCGUAUUUUUAUCUGCAUUUGUUUAUCAGCUAUUAGAUGCACUUUGCUCAACAUCAUGAGUCGUUGCAAUAGUAAGACACACUUUUCUUGAUUAGUUGGAACAAUCCUAAAUUGCAGUUUUCUUGUGUUUAAAAGCAGACCUUGUUUGAAUAUUCAUAACCUGGAUUUGAAGAUGUCUAACAAUAAUGGCCUGUUUUGAUUUGCAGUGUGAUUUCAGUUACCUGCAUUUUGUUAAAAGAAUCGAGAGCUUUUUUUAUGUAGAAACUUUGUGCUGUUAGGAGUGUAUCUGUGUGGCCUUUUUUUAAUUUAUCAAUUCAUAUGGAUAUACCUCUAAUGUAUCUCGGACUAUACUUGAAUGUCUCGGUUAAAACUUUGAGACAGCCAAAGCUUAGUUUCCUGUGCUACAGUUAUUCACCACCUCGUGUGGAGAUUUUAUGUCUGUUUACCAUAUUUGUCAAGUUUUUAAAUGGUCUUUUUAUUAUCUUCAUGAAAUUAUACAGAAUGCACUGUAUGUGUACACCUAAACCUUAUCUCGGAGCGUCACGGUCAUAUUAAAGUGCAGAAAGUCCAGUGUACAACUACAGAGCAAACUUAAAUAAAGUUUAACGGUUCA